UGAGACACGAGAAUUUUUUGUUAGUGUGUUUACACUCUGAAUCCCAACCAAACCCUCAAUUUCUUUUCUAUAUAUAAUAUUAAAAGCCUCUCCCCAGUGCUCACUAUCUUCCCACUCCACACAAAGAAUCUGAGUAAAAAGAAAAAAAAACAAUAGAAAGAAAACUCAGUAUGUCUAAAGUGGCCACCCUCUUCACUUUGCUUCUUCUAUUGAGCUUCAAUUUAAUCUAUGCCUCUCGUCCUAACCCUUCACAUAACACUGUCUCUUCUUUGCAUGUGGAUGUUGAGUUGAAGGCAGAGAUAGAUGAUGAGAGUUGUGAAGAAGACACAGAGGAAUGUUUGAUGAGGAGAACGCUAGCUGCACAUACCGAUUAUAUCUACACUCAGAAGCAUAAACCCAAACCUUAAUCUUAAUUAAUGCCAUCACACCACUUUCUCCACCAAAUACCAACACAAUAAAUCAAUAUACAAUACGUAUAUAUAUUCUGUUUAGUGUGUACUUUUUUCCAAAAUAAAACAUGUCCAUUUGUUGAAUUUUGGGUUUUCUCUUUUGCCCUUGGUUGAAUUUUUGUUAUUCACAUGAUAUAUAUAAUGAAAAACUCAUGCAUAUAUAUAUCUACAUCUUCUUGAAAA